CCACACUUCUCCUACCGCCUGAAUACACUGCUUCAUAUCAACCAAAUCAAACAAGCAGGUUUUGCUCUAGAUUCGAUCACAGGUUCAUGGCAGAUUUCGCCGCCAUCUUCUCCGCCAUCGCGAGGUCGUCCUCGCUUGCCCUGAAUCUGUAUAAAAUUGCCACUGCAUCGCCACAGACGGCGGACAUUAUUCGGGUUGCCCAGUCGAUAAACAGUUUUUCUUCGGCGUUGAAGCAAAUAGCGACCUUGAUUCGGGAAGACGAUACCAUUUAUUCAUCCGAAGCUGGGGAAACCCUCGAAGAUGUUUUGGAUCAAGCGCAGGCUGUCUUGAACGAGAUCGAAGCGAUCAUUGUAGGCAAAGGAGCCUCUGAAGAUGCAGAGCAUUCGAGAAAAGUUGAGGAUGGCCUCAGCAAAGUCCAGUCAAAAAGGCUCCUCUAUUUGCAAGCUCAUCUCGAUGCCUUAAGGGCCACCCUCGCAAUGCUACAACAGACUCUCUACACUGCCCAAAGCAUAAUAUGGGCUACUGUUCGACCGGCUGUCUCCCCCCAGCAAGCCGCAGCAGCGGUCGGCAACGAAAAGACCCAACUCGAGAAUGCCGUGAUCGAACAGCAGAUCAGCUUGCUCUUCGCCUCAAAAGUCUACCAGCCCUCUCGACCCGAUGCUCGACUACUCAUGGAAACAGAGAGUACGAAUAGUGUGAUGGUGAGAGAUAGCAGCCUACCGAGUCCUGGGAACUUGCAUCGCUAUCAAGAGCGCUUCAUUGCCAGUCUGGACAUCUCCGAAACCAGUGAAGACGAGUGGCUCCCAGCGGUUUGUGGGAUCGCGAAAUCGCACCUAGAGCGUCUAUUAGAGAGGUGGACGAGGCUGCGCCAAUUCCACGAGCGGAUGGAAUAUGAGAAGAGGAGGGAGGAAUUGGAGAAGAGGGAAACCCAGCAGCCUACAGUGGAAUCGGACAGCGAUGAAGAUGGCCAACGUGUUCGAGGAAUUGGAAAAGACGGCCAUUUUGCAACUCCGCUUCCUCAUCGGCCGGGCAGCACACAGCCGCUCUUCUCCGAAUCAACCAAUCUCCCCAUCCCCGUCAAGGAUCCCAGAUACGGCCCCACGGCACCCCUAUCUCCCGCCUCCUCCUCUCCGCGAGAUUCGGCCAACUCCGUUGCCCCUCCUUUAUCCCCUAGAACCGACGCCUCCCACGCCGACGAGGAAACCAAUCUCGAAAUCCCCUGGAAGCUCUGCACCCGCCGGCACUACUGGCGCUACGUCGACUCCACCGUCACGGACAGCAACACGGACCUCCCGCCCUCGUCAGCCUUCUCGGACCGCAACGCCUGGACCGAGAUCCUCGCCUCGUGGGUCUGCAAGCAAGCACUCGAGGAGGCAGGCUUGCCCUACGCGCAGGUCCAGAAGGAGCGACGGGUGGGGAGACGCACGACAUUCGAGCCGUGCUUUUGCGUGCAGGCGCCGUUGACGUUUGCGCAGGUGCAGGGGUUGGUCGAGAGGACGGUGGAGUUGUACCGGAGGGGCAGACGGGGUUCGCAGUCGUCGGAGAGGGCGGAGGAACAUAGGAGGGGCUCACUCAAGGAAGACAGGAGGAAUGGGAGGUUAAGUCGGAGUCCAACGGAGAGGGACAGAGACAAAACGCCUCUUGCGGUGCAGCAUCCAUCGCCGCAGCCUCCACCGUUGGAUCGAUCGAGCACGUAUACGUAUCCGCCGCUGCAUCCGAGGGCUAGUCUGGAACGCGCUGCGUCUCUUCCAGGAAAAAGCGUCCCUUCAGGUCUCCCUUCACUUCAGAUCCCUCAUCCCACGCCUCUACCAGGGGCUUCUCCGAUGGCAUCUCGAGGUGCAUAUUCCCAACUUCCCCCCUCGACACCCACAGUUCCAGGACCGCAACCUCCACCACAGUCACCGUACCUAUCUCCUCACCAUCCACCUCCCUAUUCGCCGAGUUACCUUCAAUCCCGCAACUCCCCAGCCGCAAAACACGCAUACAUUGACGCCAGUGACACCACUACUACGUCCGACUCGGACACCGCGUACCGCUCACGCGAGAGGAGGAAGCAUCGAUCCAGGAGCCACCGGGGCUCCAGCAGUGCGAAGAAGAGCUCCAAGGUGGACAAGGUGGCGAGUCUGGCGACCAUUGGAGGGUUGGCGGCUAUGUUGGACGGCAUCGUCGAGAUGGGUGUGUUGUAGGCUGGAUGGAGUUAUAAUGCAGGUUCUGGGUGUUGGAUAGGGUUUGAUAUGUCCUUCUGUUUCAUGUCUGAAUGGAUAUGAGAUGAGUAAAGAUUUGAUAUAUGUAAUAACGACUGUAAUGAACCGUCUUUGCAGCCCCUUUUGCUUGGCACAUAGAUAUAUUCCUUAAUCAACCUAACAAUACCUAUCUAUGGUUGAAUCCCAAUGUGGACGGACCCAUCAAGAUCCGGCAUCGUACGACCUCUAAAGGCUCCUCACGAUGCGUGCAUUCCUAUCACAUCCUUCCUCCAC